UCUUGUCACGUGAUUGGGGUCAGGGGUAACUCCAUUCGCCAAGGACGAAACAUGGCAGCGGCAGCAGGAGGCAAGAAGGUGUUUGAGGUUUUUGUUUCAAAAGUGCCAUGGACGAUCGCGACGAAGGAAAUGAAGGAGUAUUUUGGACAGUUCGGCCAGGUGAAGAAAUGUCUUCUGCCCUUCGAUAAAGAGACAGGUUUUCAUAGGGGGUUUUGUUGGAUAGGAUUCAACUCAGAAGAGGGACUCCAGAAUGCACUUCAAAAGGAUCCUCACAUCAUCGAAGGAGCAAAGCUCCAGGUACAAAGAAACAGAAAAGCAUUCAUUGGAAGAAAACCAAACAAGGAAGCAGAAGAGAGCUGAAAAUGCCUAAAGUGUAAACCAUACAGUGUCAAGUAUUGUGUCGUCCGUAAUAUGGAACUGAUAUUUAUUGUGAAUGUCUUUUCAUUAAGCAUCGAUUUGUAUUGUAUAAAAACCUGGAUUAAACCCAAGCAUUUUUGAUAGAAACAUUUUGUUUUAAUUUCAUAUAUUUUGGGGGGGGGGAUGAUCAGUCUAUUACAUUUAACAUUAUGUAAAAAUUUGAGUGUUUUUAUGGACAGUUUAGUUUAUAUAUCAGCGUUAAGUUUGUCUAUUUCUAGAAGUUCAUCUGCAUCUUUGAUCAUCCCUCCAAGCCAUUGCUAUAAGGCUAUCACUUUAUUUCUCUAAACCUUAAAGAGAAAGAUUAAACUUUAUAACACAUUCCAAUAUGUAUUCCAAUACAGUAUAUCUUUUAGGGAUACUUGAUACAUUUUAUUCUUUCAUAAGGUUCUAAUUCAGUAAGCUUACAGCUUCUUAUUUAAUGAGCUACUCAUCAAGUGAUUGCUAAAAAGAAAAAAUGUGCAUUAGUUACACUGAAUGACAUCCUAAAAUAAAAGUGUUCUGGUCAUUUCA